AAUCGCAUCUACACUACUGUCCUUAGUUGCUGAUUCAUUGAUGUAGGAUAAAUUAGUAAACCCAGGUGUUUUUGAGUUGGACACUCAUCACACUCUCACAAACUGACACUACUAGCAGUAACAAUCCAAGGAAAUGGAGAGAGAAGGAGUGCAAGAAAGGAUGCAUUCAUCUCGACGAACACCAAUUUCCGGCGAUGAUAACGAAAACGAUGAAUCUGACGACGAAUCAAAGACGAAGAAAAACAUCGCAAUCUCAGCUCGUUUUAUCAAUUUUAUUAGUCGUCAAUCUCACGCUCUUCUUUGGCCUUGUCUUGCACUCACCUUCAUUGUCGUUUUAUUCACUUCUUCUGUCGUUUUCUACACUCGUUCUCUUGUUUGUGUUUCUUCUUCAUCAGCUACUUACUUCCAAUCACAUUCUCGCUUCGCUUUUUUUGGGUUUGAUGGACUUGAAUCUGAUUUUGGAUCUCUUGGUGUUCCUUGGUGCAGAUCGAAACAUGGGAAAACAGUGGAAUGGACAUCCAAAGAUCUAAUCAGUGGGUUGGAAGAGUUUGUACCUAUAUAUGAAACUCGGCCAAUCAGAAACAACAUGUUUGGCAUGGGAUUUGAUCAUAGCUUUGGGCUAUGGUUUAUUGCACGGUGGCUGAAGCCAGAUCUCAUGAUAGAGAGUGGUGCUUUCAAAGGGCAUUCCACCUGGGUACUGCGACAAGCUAUGCCAGACACGAGGAUAAUAUCAGUUACUCCCCGUCAUCCUGAGAAGUAUCUAAAGAAGGGUCCAGCUUAUGUUGAUCCAAAUUGCACUUACUUCGCAGGAAAAGACUUUGUAGAUUUUGGAAAUGUUGAUUGGAGAAGUGUGAUGAAGAAACAUGGGGUUACUGAUCUAAGUCGAGUUCUUGUCUUCUUUGAUGACCAUCAGAGUGAAUUAAAAAGAUUGAAGCAGGCGCUGAAAGCUGGUUUUCGACAUAUUGUCUUUGAAGAUAAUUACGACACAGGGACUGGAGAUCAUUACUCCUUGAGACAAAUUUGUGAUCAAACGUAUAUAAGAGGUGGCGGCCACAGUUGCUUUAAAGACAGCGAUGAAGCUAGAACAAGAGCAAGACGAAAACCAUUUUGGGAGAAAGCAAUGGAUAUUGAUGAACUAUGUGGGCCGAGUGAAUCAUGGUGGGGUGUAAGAGGGUAUAUGCGUGAUGACUUCAAUCAUAGCAACAAGUUAAUCUCUUACUCAGAGCACUUCCAAAAUAGCAGAUUUGUGGAAUCAAUUUUAGAUAUCUAUUGGGAGGUUCCACCAGCAGCUGGUCCAUCUCUAACUCACCAAACAAGAUAUGAUCCCGCUCGCUCUGUUCCUCCUAUUGUUGAAGAUGGUCGCUAUGGCCUGUUCCAAAGGCUUGGUCUCGGCAGACUUGAAACUGCUGUAUUUAAUGGGUACACUCAAAUGGUAUAUGUUCAGAUUUCUGAACCCGAAUCUUAAGGUUUGUCGAAAAUAGUUAGUGAUGAUAUAUUAUGAUUUUCGCUUCAUGAGACCUUUGAGUUGUUUUUCAAAAUUAUGCAUACUUGCAGCUGCAGGCGUGCAGCUCAGUUUGGUCAUUUCUACAGCAAUGAUAUACUCUUCUUUCUUCUUUCACCUUUCACUGUUCUAGUUUUGUAAUCAUAGUUUUAAAUAUCACUCUAACCUACAAAAUUAUUGAGUUAGUCUGUAAUUGAUUUCUUUGGCUCAGAGAUGUUAUAUACAAGUAGUUUUUCCUUUUGCUUU